UACAAUCGCAUCUCAUCAACACACACGUGGAUUCUACUGACGCCUGGCAGAAACAAUAAUAACAUGGCAAGUCAGGGACUUGUAUAUGAUGGCUGUAAUUUUUUGAGGCAGCGCUUGGUGUUGUCCACACUCAGCGGAAAACGAGUUAAAAUCAAAAACAUAAGGUCGAGGGAUGACGAACCUGGGCUUCGUGAUUUUGAAGCCAGUUUUAUCAGACUUCUGGACAAAGUGACCAAUGGCUCCAGAAUAGAGAUUAAUCAAACAGGAACUGUAUUAUUCUACCAGCCUGGUUUAUUGUAUGGUGGGUCAGUUGAACACGAAUGUAACCCACAGCGUUCCAUUGGCUACUAUCUGGAAGCGCUGCUCCUACUUGCACCUUUUAUGAAGACACCUUUGCAGGCAACACUAAAAGGAGUAACAAAUGAUCCCACAGACCCGACAGUUGAUCUCCUGAAGCUAACCUCCAUACCUCUGAUGAAGAAAUUUGGUAUUGAUGGGGAAGGACUAGAUCUAAAGGUUGUAAAAAGAGGAAUGGCUCCUGGAGGGGGAGGAGAAGUUGUUUUCAAAUGUCCUGUGCGCAGAACAAUCAAACCAGUCCAACUUACUGACCCAGGGAAGAUCAAGAGGAUUAGAGGAAUAGCAUAUUCUGUUCGAGUUUCUCCACAGAUGGGCAAUAGAAUAGUUGAAUCAGCAAGGAGCGUUCUUAAUCAGUUUCUUCCUGACAUCUACAUUUACACUGACCACAUGAAAGGCACACAUUCUGGAAAAUCCCCAGGUUUUGGAUUAACGUUAGUGGCUGAGACCCUAAACGGUAAUUUUCUUAGUGCUGAGAUGUCUUCAACGCCACAGGGUAAAGGGGAUCCUGUACUACCUGAGGACAUCGGGAAAAACUGUGCUAAACAACUUUUGGAUGAAAUAUACAGGGGUGGCUGUGUAGAUUCAUCCAAUCAGAGCCUGGCAUUGCUCCUGAUGACCCUUGGCCAACCGGACGUGUCUAAGGUGCUGCUCGGACCCCUCUCCCCAUACACGAUUGAAUUCCUCAGACACAUUAGAGAUUUUUUUCAGAUCAUGUUCAAAAUAGAAGUCCAGAAGCCUCUUGAAGAUGAAAGGAAAGGUGGAGACAAAACCCUUAUGGCUUGCGUAGGAGUUGGAUACAGCAACAUAAAUAAAACUCUUAAAUAAACAUUUUAUUCAGAUUGA